GGCUGCAGACACAGUACAGGGAUGACCAGAGACUGCGGACACAGUACAGGGGAUGACCAGAGACUGCGGACACAGUACAGGGGAUGACCAGAGACUGCGGACACAGUACACGGGAUGACCAGAGACUGCGGACACAGUACAGGGGAUGACCAGAGACUGCAGACACAGUACAGAUGACCAGAGACUGCGGACACAGUACAGGAGAUGGCCAGAGACUGCGGACACAGUACAGGAGAUGACCAGAGACUGCGGACACAGUACAGGAGAUGACCAGAGACUGCGGACACAGUACAGGAGAUGACCAGAGACUGCG